AUGGCCCUUAAAAAAAUUCAGAAGCGCGCAAGGACCCCAGUUUCGCCCUUGAGAAAACGCAUCCCCCGAGCCGCGAAAACUGCCGCGAGCGAGAAACUCACCAAUCUCUUCAAGAAAGAUUCAGCGGCCAGUCAAGAACCAGCCAAACCUGCUGUACAGACUCGGCCAAUUUCGAAGAAGCGUAAAUCAGAAUCGGAAUCAAAACCAGAAAGUGUGUCUUUACCAAAGAAAAUCGCGAAGGACGCAGCUGCGAAUAAGCCAACGAAACGAAUUACGAAACGACUUAGUUCUAUUCAGUCAGUCUCUGAAGAAUCGGAAUCAGAAUCGGAUUCGGAUUCGCCAGACCCGCCGAAUAAAUCAGUUUCUUCACAAUCGACAAAAUCGACGAAGUCGACAUCAUCGACAAGAUCAAAAGAAUCCUCAAUAUCAAAGUCUUCAGAAUCAGAAUCCUCAGAAUCAACAUCCUUAGAGUCCUUAGCAUCAGAAUCAAGGACCAAGCUUCCAAUCAAAAACCAGACCAACAAAAGCCCCCGAAAAUCCUCAAUAAAGAAACAAAUAAUAAAAUACACCAAAAGCAAGCCCAAAGCUCCAACACUAGCACCCGCUCCCAAAUCCAAACUUCGACCUCCCCCUAUCAAAACCAAGAAUACAAGUCAUCCCACAAAAAGCCCCGGGCCCUCGAAAGGGAAGACAAAGAAGAAGAGCUGUUGGUACGACCUGGUGGUCGUGACGACGGCGAAUACGGGAUUCAGGUCACCUUCUCUUUGGAGGUAACUAAAUCGGUGUAUUCAUUUGUUCGUGAAGAGUAAAGGUAGAGAGAUGUGGUGCUCUACGAGCUUAAGUAUGUGUGUGGCAAGCCACUCACAUGACACCAAGCAUGUAGAACCACCAAGCUCUCGUACGAGGUGCUAAUCACCAUAAUUAUAUACCGACAAGAGCUCUUCAAAAUCACUCCCCUCACCCCUCUCCAGUCCCCCAGAAAUACUCCCAGGCCCACUCCCCCGCUCCCCGGGACCAAAGAAGAAACCGCCUCUCCUCCCCGGCGCCGGCGUAAGAAGACAAUCCACCGAGACGCAGUUGAGAAGUUAUCAGCUCGGUACGCGGAAUCCGCAACGGGGGUUGGUGGAUUCGAGUCUGGAGAUCUCACCGACGGCACCGAGGGUGCAGACGUCGAGGAGGAGGCGGGAACAAGAGGGGCUAGAGAGAAAACGAGAAGAAGGGGAGGCGUCGCAGAAGAAAGAGAGGAAAGAGAGGAAAGGGGGGAUCUCUUUGAAUUCGGCGGGGAGUGAGGAAUUUGCUCCUAGUUCUGGAGAGCAGAUGAUUGAUCUAACUGCCAUCCGAGAACGUCAUGAUGUAGAGCGUGCUAGAUUUCCGAAGUUUUUUGAGAGUAUUGAGGAGGAGAUUGGGGAGCUUGCUGAUGAGCUGGGUCUUGAUAGACCGGUUGAUGUGGAGUUGCUUGAUGGGAAGGGGAAACCGCGGACGUUGAGGGAUACGAGGGAGGCUCAGUUGAAGCGUAGGAGGGAUAUGAGGAAGAAGAAAUUGAAAGGGAAAAAGUAG